AUUUUGUUUUUAUUGAUAAAUUCCCUUUCACGAUUUUUGAAUCCUGUUCUAACUAUUUUUGAAUUACAUCUCAAGAUGUUAGUGCACAGUUUUUCCGCUAUGGAUCGCCAUGAUGGCACCAGCAACGGGACGGCGAGGCUGCCUCAGCUGGGCGGCGUGGGCCAGAGUCCCUACACCAGUGCACCGCCGCUCUCCCACACGCCCAACUCAGACUUCCAGCCCCCGUACUUCCCACCGCCCUACCAGCCCAUCUAUCCGCAGUCUCAGGACCCUUACUCGCACGUCAACGACCCCUACUCCCUCAACUCCUUGCACGCCCAGCCCCAAGCGCAGCAUCCGGGAUGGCCUGGCCAGAGGCAGAGUCAGGAGAGCGGCCUGCUGCACCAGCACCGAAGCCUGCCCCACCAGUUGUGUCGGGACUAUCGGAGGGAGGUGCUUCUACCGUCCGGCCACGGCAUUGACACGGGACUGUCGGACUCUAUCCAAAUCCAUGGAAUACCUCACUCUUUAGAAGAUGUCCAGCCUGUUGAGGAUCAAGGAAUCCACAUUCCCGACCAGACUGUAAUUAAAAAAGGUCCAGUGUCUUUAUCCAAGAACAACGUCUCCGGCAUCCCCAUCAACAAGGACGGCCUCUUCGGCGGGGUGGUCAACCCGAACGAGGUGUUCUGCUCGGUUCCGGGUCGCCUGUCCCUACUCAGCUCCACGUCCAAGUACAAGGUGACGGUGGCCGAGGUGCAGAGACGCCUCUCGCCGCCCGAAUGCCUCAACGCCUCUUUGCUGGGCGGCGUGCUGAGGAGGGCCAAGUCUAAGAAUGGAGGAAGAUCCUUGAGGGAGAAGCUGGAUAAAAUCGGUUUGAAUCUACCUGCAGGCAGACGCAAGGCAGCAAACGUGACGCUACUGACGUCACUAGUAGAAGGCGAAGCGGUACAUCUUGCCAGGGAUUUUGGUUACGUGUGUGAGACAGAGUUCCCCGCCAAAGCAGUAGCCGAAUAUGUCAACCGUCAGCACUCCGACCCAAACGAACAAGUCCAAAGAAAAAAUAUGCUACUGGCUACAAAGCAAGUGUGCAAGGAGUUCACGGACUUGCUGUCGCAGGACCGUUCACCACUAGGGAACUCGCGGCCGCAGCCCAUCCUCGAACCGGGAAUCCAAAGCUGCUUGACCCACUUCAGCCUCAUCUCGCACGGUUUCGGCACGCCGGCCCUGUGCGCGGCCGUCACGGCCCUGCAGAACUAUCUGACCGAAGCUAUCAAAGCCAUGGACAAAAUGUACCUCAACAACAACCCCAACAGCCACUCAGAUAACGGCACUAAAGGCGACAAAGACGAGAAGCACAGAAAGUAAUUCCGCCCCCCCCCCACCCCUCCAUCAAGGGGCCAAAUCCCCGGGGGCCCUAUUUUUUUGGUUGUUGCACCCGCCCCCCACCUCUUCUCUCCCCGCCUUGUCUGGGUUCUCCCACCCAUCCAAUAUAAAUAUUAUAAAUAAUAUUGAUAAAGUCGUGCCAAUUGCUGAUCAUUUUUGUUUGUUUGUUCGUUUAUUGACACGCAUUUUUUUGAUUCGCUGGGAAAAACAACAGAGGAACCUUCCAGCACCUGUAUGAACAUGAAUAUUAUUGUUACCAAAAAAAAAAGGAAAAAAAGAAACAAAAGAACAGCUCCGGAGUGUGGAAGAGGUGUUUGCUAACAAAAAUGACGUCUGAUGUUCUCCCACCACCUUCUUCUUCUUUUUUUUUCAAAAGACCUGAAAGCAAUGGACUGAAAUCCAGCGACCCAUUUGAAUUUUGCGAGACAAAAAAAAAAAAGAAAAAAAAAAAAAAGAAGAAGCCCAAAGAUGGACGAAUUCAUCUAUCAGUAUUGUGAAUAAUAGCUUGGAGAAUUUCCUUGUCAUCACUUCAAACUCUCUUCUCUUUCUCCAAGCGACCAACUUGAACUUUUUUUUUUUAAAUUUCAACACGAUUCGCAGUUAUAUAAGGGAAUCAGUGUUCAUGUAUGUACAUAUUUAUUUAUGUGUAAUUUAAUGGGAAUUGUAAAUAUGGUGCGUCUGUUGAAACCUUUUUUUUUAUUUAUCUGGUGCCUCCUGUUUUAGUGGGUUUUAAUAUUUGGUUAGUGCUUCAUGUGAUUUAAUGGUUCUUAGGAAAAAAGCUGAAGUUUGGGGUCUUUUUUCAAUUUCAUUUCUCUGGGAUAUUUCAAUUCAGCCCUCUUGUAGCAUGUUGGGGCGACAUUGAAGCAACUGAACAAAUUGAAUAGAAAUAAACUUCCACUUCUCUCUCUAUAUAUGAUCCUUAUUCCGUUUAUUUGCUCAUUUCACACCCUGAGGGGAACUGUUUUUUUUUUCGUUUCUAUUUUUUAUACAAGAUUUUACGUGAUGUGCCAAUCAGAAAGCCCUCCUGUUCUCUUCUUGAAGCGCUCUAAAAGCAAUAAAUGGAGUUUUCUUUUUCUUGUUCCAAACACGUCAUUCGGCUCCACCUAAUAUCUUGUUCUGUCCGCUAAUGUCCAAAAAAUUGGAGGGCAUUUUAGCUGUUAUUGUACAGACACGUGCUGGCAAUAGUUCCCAAUGCCUGUCAAUGUAUUAUAUUCCUUUGUUCCCCAGAAAAAAAUAAAU